UUCCUUGUCGCCCCUCGAGCCUGCGCACUAGAAGCGCCUCGGCCCUGAGUCCUCCGGCUCGCCGUCCCUUCCCAGCAUGCCCUGAGCGGAGCCUGCGCGUCCGGCCGGGAGUUCGGGGAGAUUCGUCGCGCUAUGGAGGCGGCUGCCAGCGCUUCGGAUAUGUUCGACGCUAUCGUGAUGGCCGGGGAGAGAUUUCAUGGUGAAGGGUAUCAAGAAGGUUAUGCUGAAGGAAGUCAUGUUGGUGUUAUUGAGGGAAGGAGGUAUGGAGCACUACAUGGUGCCAAGAUUGGGUCUGAGAUUGGAUACUAUCUUGGGUUUGCGUUGACAUGGCAGCGUCUGCUUCACAGAUCUGCAGAAGAAAAGCCCAGUAAAAAAAUAAAGGCCCUAGAAUCAUUAAUAGGAAUGAUUCAGAAAUACCCUUAUGAAGACCCCACUUAUGACAAACUUCAUGAAGAUCUGGAAAAAAUCAGAGGAAAAUUUAAACAGGUUUGCUCAUCGCUAAAUAUUCAAUCUGAUUUUAGAAUCAAUCCUGAAAGAUCUGCACUUACUUUUUGAACGUAACAGAUGAAGAUAAACAUAUAUGAACAAAGAAGAAACGUUAAGGAACAGGUAUCUGGAGGAGUGAUUACAAUAAUAAUAAAGGCAGAUAAAGUCAGAAUAAUAAACAGGUUUUUAUUUUACAAAAGGGAGGGUAGAAGAGUUAAGCAGUAGUGGAAAGGCACCCCUUUAAUGUUUGCUGUGUCCCAAUUUUAUUUGUUCAUUGCAGUCAGUGCAUGUCCUGUUUAAAAAAACAAAAAUGCAAAACCUCCAUAUUCAUGCAACACUAAUCCCAUAUUGAUAGUCUGUCUUUAAUUUCUAUGGGAAAAAUCAUUUGCUUCUAUGAUGGUUUGUUUUACGAUGUUUCUCCCUUGUUUAUUAUCCAAAGGAUGGAUAUUUCAAAACAUGUAUAGAUCACUACAAAUUUACACACUAUGUAUAUUUACACAAAUAGUAAGAUAUUUUCCUUGUCCUGAGGAGUUUACAAUAAAGAGCUAUGUUAUUUUUGAUGGUGAAAGGAUGAAACAGAGGAUGGGAUAACAGUGAAGAGGAGGUGUAUUACAGACAUGGUUCUCAAAGCAGCUACAGCUGAAAACAGAAUAUUGCUGCUCUGUUGUUGAUUUUCUGUAUUAUUUCCAUGAGCUCUGACACCUGAUGUCUGAUCCAGUGCAGAAAAAAUAUAUUGGUAGCUGAAAGUGCUGAAAAUAUUUAAAAGAAAAAAGAUUGAGAUCUACCGCUUAGAAUAACUAACUAGUGGUGAGGUGUCUGAGGUAAUAUCUUCUAUUGGACCACUUCACCCACCUUGUCUCUCUCACAUCAUGGGACCCAAAAUACUACAAAAAUACUGCAAUAAUUGAGUGGUAAAUUAUUUCCAAGAUGGGAAAUGUAUUUUUCAGUUUCAUUCAGAAAAUGGAUGCUGUCAGAAUAUGUAAGUGAAUAUUCAACUAUGUUAGUUUAAGAGAAACAAAUUAUUUUGUUCAAAAGAUAUUCUGUAUUUUGGUGCUAGAAUAUUUAUGUAACUUUUCACAAAUAGAAUGUAAUGUGGUCACUUCUAGAAAGCAUUUCACUGCAGUGUAGUGAAUGUAUAUCUGUGGCGCCACUUCAUUUAUAAUAAGUCUGAGCAACAUUCCUUUGUUAACUUUUUAAUUAAUUUUUCUACAUACCAAAAUUCAUCAUAAUACACAAAGUAAAUAAAGAGGAUUACAACAUU